UCAUGUCGCAGCACGAUCGGAGACACCUUCAUCCAAGGGUUGAGAGAAGCAUGUAUCGAGCUAUCCGUGUAUACAGGACAUAGUUCAAAUGCCGGGACCCGCGAUAUCUUCUCCGAGCAAUGGACAAGCCUCGAGGCAUGUCCCAAUCGCAAUGCGACUUCUUGGAUUCACCAUGCAGAUUGUCAAAUACGCCAUACCUCCGAACUUGGGACCGGCAUUGACGUUGAUCUUUCCACGUUGGACUUUUUGACUACAGGUAUCCAUACCCUGCUGGAUGGCUUCAUGUCAGUGUCGACUUCACAUGGGGAUAUCGCUCCUCAGGACAAUGACAUAUCGUUCACAGCAUUGAUCGACCAGUUCGAAGCCGCCAGGGCCACUUGUUAUCAUCAAGGAGAUUUCGCAAAAGCACAUCUUUUCUUCCGAUUGGCAAAGACGACCACUUCGCUCUCUCCAGAACUUACUUCACAGGUCACGCAAACUGUUGCGAAGGAGUUUCGUAGGUCUAUCGAUGAUCUUCGUCUCAAGGUCCACAACAUGGGCGCUCGCAUUGAGAAAUUGAAUGAGAGGAUUGACCUACAAAAGACAGAAUUCAAAUCCAUCUCAUACAUCCACGAUCGACUACGAGAGAAGAUGUGGUAUACAGCGGACAUCCAACAAGCAGGUCAUUAUGAAGACUUGCGAAAGGUAGCAACAGCUCUACGCGUCAUGGCGACUUCGACCCGGCCAAAGUCGGGAAAGAGAAAGCCUCUUCUCAGACACCGAAGUGCAUCUAAAUCUCUAAACUACAGCGUGCAACUCAAAGCAGAAGCAGCUACGCUCGAUCUCAUGUCUGCUCCGGUAGAUAAGGGAGGCACAAACAAACUCAGCGAUGCUCAGAUCGAGACAACACUGCGUUGGAUGGAAUUACACGGCGUGGAGAAAGUUUGCAGAGCGGAAGAGCGUAUCCAUCGGUUCUGCUCCGAGCUCACCAGAUGUCUGGACUGCUUUGUGGGUCAAAGCGUUGUCGACAACCCGAUACUUUGGUCGAGUCAGCUAUUUCAGAAUCAGAAACCGUUGACCGGUCUAGUCAAUGAUAGAGUCAGUACGCCGAGCUGUGAGCGCAGCGCGUUGGAGCAGUUGCGGUUAAUGUACAGUACCAAAGCUUCCAGCGUCUAUCACGAGGCUCCAUUUUCGCCUCAAUGGGGACGUGUCGCCACGCCAUCUCGGUCCACAAUGGAUUCCAAUCUUGCAGCGAGAAGCAUGAGUCCAAGAUCGGUCUCUCACGACUACUUCGGAUGUCGAAGUCCCACACUUACCCAUAAGUCGUCUGGUACUUUGUGGUCCACUUUUAGUGCAGGACCACAGUCUCCCUCAAGCGCCACAAGUCAUCCAUCCAGAGCUUUAUCACCAUUGUCGACAACUCGGCCGUUAUCUCGUCAUUCUUGCUUGCAACAGAAUCAGGCUUCUUUCUUGGCAGAGCUGAGGCAGAAUCUGACUAGUCUGCUGCUGAGUGAUUUCCACGACCUUUUCCAUUCUGGUAGUGAGACAGACAAGGCUAUGCGUAAACCACUGACAUCCAAGACAUCAGCCAUUAAUGAGCCCGCGGAGGUUAUGGAAUACGAUUACGAUACCCCUCAGUCUUCGUUCGACUUCGACCGAGUGUUUUGCAAGCUACUCAGACGCUUCGAGUUGCAAGCAAGUCCUUACACCAAACUCGACGUCCUCUUAGAGCUCCAAUCGAUGCUCAAAGCCCAUCGUGCGGACUUGGGAUUGGAAGAUCAACUCGGCGCUCCUCCUCCCAACAGCGCUCUACUCUCCUCACGUAGACUGAGCCUGAGGAUCGAUGCUUCGACUGCUCCACGGUCAUCUUCAGGCCAUGACAGUACAAUAUUGAGCUUCCGUCAGCUGUUUCAGAAUCCACACAUGCGGCCGAAGACGCUUUUCCGCGAUUUGCAGUUUAUUGCAUCGCUUGUUCCUCUCCAUGUCCUUGACAGUACACCUCGUGGUCGUGCAUUCUGGAAUGCCACCAUCGCAGCUCUCGAUCUGAAGGAAGAGAUCUGUCAAGGCAUGAUCGAGACAGCCGACCAAAUCGUCCAUCAUCACACUUUCAAUCGGGGACACUCACGUGUAACUUCCGCUGCUCAAGCCAAACGCGAUGCAGCUGCCUUUUCGCCUUCGACACCUCAACCUGGCGACCCAUCAGUCGCAGAUCUUUGCAUGAGUGAUGCAGCGACAUUACUGCAGCUUACAGCAAAAGAAGGCAUUCCUGCAGCGCAACGCGAGCUGGCGACGCUUUAUCUCACACAUCCGGAGUUGCUGGGAAUAUGUCUGUCGCCAUUUUCUAAAGUCAAGGACGUAUUUAAAGAUAUUGAAAAGGAUCGAGAAGCGCUGAGCGAGAGAUAUGAUCCAGUGGCUAUGGCUGUUGCGCAGCAUUGGAUGGAGCUGAGUGCAAGAGGAGGAGAUGGACCUGCUGCUAGAUACUUGCAGGCCAGGGAUGAGUUUGAUAGAAUACCCUGAAGAUAUUUGGGUAUGCGGUGGUUGUGGUGUCGUACAUGGCGUUGUGUUGCUGGUCAACCUCGCCACUGAUAUGUUUUUUGCAGUCAUUGAAACUGCUGUCCGAGAAAGCAUCGACACGAGGAUAAUUAGUCCCUUCGCGGCUUCCUCGCAUAUGGCUGUAUCGACAGCUCCUUCCCUCCAAGCAUUCUUAUCACCUUUCUUGGCUCUACGACAAAUCAAAAUCUUAAUUCAAAGGUGGCACUUCUUUAGCAUUUACAGUUCCAGGCCUUUGAUCGUCUUUGUCCUU